AUGUCCCGCCAACCAAAGUUACGGCCCAAGUCGCACAUUCCCGGCUUUCCAGAUGCCAUGUACGAUCUUGCGGCAAUGUCGUCGUUGUCGCAGCUAGAAGCUCGCGCAUCGUUGGGAGAAGACAAGCACGACCAACGCGUCUUUCGAGUGAAGCGCAAGCACGUACUCAAGGCUUGUGAUCGCUGUAGAGUCAAGAAGACCAAGUGUGACGGGAAACAGCCAUGUAACCGCUGUUCCGCAUAUAAUCAUCCAUGUCUCUUUCGAGAGAGGAAGGCUACACAGACAAAGGUCUAUUCGCGAGGCUUCGUCGAAAUGCUCGAGUCGCACCAUUCACUCGUUGUGAAGGCGCUACAGAGACUCUAUAAGCUCUGUUUAAACAAAGACGGGUUUCCAGGAGAGCCCCUUACGGAGUCACCUGACGGUUAUCCUUUGACACACGCGAUUCUGGACCGCCUAGGAUUAAUCAAACAGGCCGAGGAGAACGCAGAGGAACCCGAUGAAGACUCCGAAGACCUUCAAUAUCUGCGGUAUAUCGCUGCUACUGAUAGCGCAACUACCGACCCGUCUCCAGAACCUGUGACACCUCCAGAGCCUUCCUCAAGCAACUGCAGUCCGAUAGGCCCCUCCCCCAAGGCCAAUAGCCCCUAUAAAUGGGAAUACCAACCUGUCCAUCCGGCUCACCAGGAGCAAUAUCCAGGCUACCAACACACUGGGUUUCACAGCGUGACGAUGCCUCGGUCAACGGUGGAGCCGCCGACUGGCCUCCCAGGGGAGGGCAAGUGUCCUCAACCGUUACCCCCAGUGUCCAACCCGGAAAAUUCAUACUAUUACUACGCAGGCGCCGGAGAUAACGCAGAGCCUACAAAAGGCCCUAUUCAUCCCGGAGUCUCAAUAGGGCCGGGGACUCAUCAUCAUUCUGCUAGCAUGCCCCUUGAAAUGCUCAGUAACUAUAGCCUCCACUUACAAGAGCAACAUCCACUUUACCAGGGGCUCGCUCCAAGUUGGUCGUCUUAUCCCUGUGGAUAA